AUUUCGGGGUGAUUUAGGGGGUCAGGGGGUAAUUUUGGGAGCAAAAGCGAUGAUUUUGGGCUCGAUUUUGGGCGGAUUUUUGCCUCUCCCGCCCCUCGGCGGCUCCGCCCCCUCAGCGCCGCCGCCGCCAUCUUGAACGAGGCCCCGCCCACUCUGGGGCGGGGUUAGGGGCGGAGUCGGGGCGGGGCCGAGCCCGAUAACGUCAGGGAGCCCCCGGCGCUGAUUGGCCGGCGGCGCUGUCAAUCACGCAGCGGACGCGGCCGGGCCGAGCGCGGCGGAGCCGAGCCCCGCCAUGACCUGAGCAUGUUCCGCCUGGACGAGACCCCCGAGGACCCCUCCUCGCCUCCCCCCUCGCCCUGGGGGGGCUCCCCCGCCCCCAGCCAGCCCGGGACCCCCUCCCCAGAGGCGCGCGCCCGGCUGGGCUCGGAGCAGGGCGGGGCCGGGGGCGGGGCCGGGGGCGGGGCCGGGGGCGGGGCCGGGGAUCCCCCCGCCCACCGCGGCCGCUCCCGCUCGGCCCCGCCCGUGCUCUGGGCGGCGCAGAGGUACGGCCGGAGGCUGCGCAGGAUGAGCGACGAAUUCCAGCUGCAGGUGCUGCCGCGGCCCCGCAGUGUCGGGGGGGCCCCCCCGUGGGGGAGGGGCUGGCGCGAGACCCUCAGGGCCUGGUGGGGGCGCCGCCCCUCCCCCCCCGCCCCCCCGCCCUGA